CCAGCCAGAAAACAUUAUGUUGUUAGACAAGAAUAUUCCCAUUCCACAUAUCAAGCUGAUUGACUUUGGCCUGGCUCACGAAAUAGAAGAUGGAGUUGAAUUUAAGAAUAUUUUUGGCACGCCAGAAUUUGUUGCUCCAGAAAUUGUGAACUAUGAGCCCCUGGGCCUGGAAGCUGACAUGUGGAGCAUAGGCGUCAUCACCUACAUCCUCCUAAGUGGAGCGUCCCCUUUCCUGGGAGACACGAAGCAGGAAACGUUGGCAAAUAUCACAGCAGUGAGUUAUGACUUUGAUGAGGAAUUUUUCAGCCAGACCAGCGAGCUGGCCAAGGACUUCAUUAGGAAGCUUCUGGUUAAAGACACCCGGAAACGGCUCACAAUCCAAGAGGCUCUCAGACACCCCUGGAUCACGCCAGUGGACAGGCAUCAAGCCCUGGUGCGCAGGGAGUCUGUGAUCAACCUGGAGAACUUCAAGAAGCAGUAUGUCCGCAGGCGGUGGAAGCUCUCUUUCAGCAUUGUAUCCUUGUGUAACCACCUCACCCGCUCGCUGAUGAAGAAGGUGCACCUGAGGCCGGAUGAAAGCCUGAGGAAUUGUGAGAGUGACACAGAGGAGGACAUUGCCAAGAGGAAAGCCCUCCACCCCCGGAGGAGGAGCAGUACCUCCUAACUGGCCUGGCAAUCAGUGGCCACCAGGGAGGCCCAGGCCCAGCGGGGAUCCCUUCUGCACAGACUCUUGGUCCGCGCCCAUCACAAGAUCCCAGGCAUCCUGCAUUCCUGAACAUUUUGCAAGAGAUUUGGGCCUGCAGGAUUCAGACAAGUUUGCAGGGGAGCCUGGAGACCCUGGGAGCUGGAGUUGUUUCUUAUAGAGGAGGCCCCGGCAUUCCCAAAGCUCUUAUUCUCCAUAAAACGGGCUCUCACCUGUCUGCCAACCUCAGAACCUGGGGUGUGGGUAUGGACUUAAGAAAACAAUGUAAAUGAGCAUCAUCAUCAUCAUGGGUGAAGGUCAGACUCAGGCAGAUUUCCUCAUAGGAUGAGGGCAUUCAGAGGCAGCCUGGUCAAAAAUUAUACCAGGAAGACAGAGGCCGUUUCCAUGGGAACAAGACAAGUGAGUGAAAUGAAUCUUGGGGUGUGACAGGCCAAUCCUGUGACCUCCCAGAACCCACAUGGAGUUAGGCUGACCCAACUUGUCAGACCUUCUAAAGCAGCCCAUUGCCAGGCCAAUGUAUUGUAUUUUUUUUCAUUUUUAUUAAACUUCUGGUUUACCUGA